AUGUCAGACUUUGAUAAAUAUUCUACGCCAUUGUCAUCUCGUUAUGCGUCUGAGGAGAUGUCAACUUUGUUCUCCUCGAGACAUCGGUUUUCUACCUGGAGGAAGCUUUGGUUAAAUUUGGCUAUUGCUGAGAAGGAACUAGGUCUUAAUGUUAUUACAGAUGAGGCUAUCGAGCAGAUGAAGGAACAUCAGACCAUAACGGACGAGGAAAUUGCGCAGGCUUCUAAACAGGAGGCGAUUGCCAGACAUGAUGUUAUGGCACAUAUUCAUGUAUAUGGAGUCAGCUGUCCAGAAGCGUCUGGUAUUAUUCAUUUGGGUGCUACAUCUUGUUUCGUUACAGACAAUGCGGAUCUAAUUUUCUUGAGAGAUGCUUAUGAUAUUUUAAUUCCUAAAUUGGUAAACGUCAUUAAUAGGUUGUCUACAUUUGCAAUUAAAUACAAAGAUUUGCCAGUUUUAGGAUGGACUCAUUAUCAACCUGCACAAUUAACGACAUUGGGUAAGAGGGUUACACUAUGGAUCCAAGAGCUGUUAUGGGAUUUGAGAAAUUUUGUUAGAGCUAGAAACGACAUCGGCUUUCGUGGUGUGAAGGGUACUACUGGAACACAGGCUUCAUUUUUGGCAUUAUUCCAUGGUGAUCAUGAUAAGGUUGAAGCACUGGAUAAGCGAGUUGCUGAAUUAUCGGGAUUUGACAUUAUUUACCCAGUCACGGGUCAGACUUACUCGAGGAAAGUAGAUAUCGAUGUGCUAGGUCCAUUGUCUUCUUUUGCUGCAACCUCCCACAAACUAGCAACGGAUAUUAGAUUACUGGCUAACUUGAAGGAGCUUGAAGAGCCCUUUGAAGCAUCCCAAAUAGGAUCUUCCGCUAUGGCCUACAAGAGGAACCCAAUGCGCUGCGAGAGAGUCUGUUCUUUAGCUAGACACUUGGGGUCUUUGUAUAGCGGCGCAGUUCAAACAGCAUCUGUUCAAUGGUUUGAAAGAACUCUAGACGAUUCUGCUAUUAGAAGGAUUUCCAUACCGAGCGCCUUCUUAACCGCUGAUAUUCUUUUAUAUACCUUGUUAAACAUUACUUCAGGGUUGGUAGUUUAUCCAAUGGUAAUCCGCAGAAGGAUUGAAAGUGAAUUGCCAUUUAUGGCCACCGAAAAUAUAAUCAUGGCUAUGGUGAAAAAGGGCGAAUCUAGACAGCAAGUCCAUGAGGCCAUUAGGGUCUUAUCUCAUCAAGCAGCUGCUGUUAUCAAGGAACAAGGUGGUGAUAAUGAUUUGAUUGAACGUGUGAAGAACGAUAAAUUUUUUGAGCCAAUUUGGGAUGAACUUGAUUCGUUGUUGGAUCCUUCAACGUUCAUAGGCAGAGCCCCUCAGCAAGUCGAAAAGUUUAUCCAUCACGAUGUAAAGCUGGCGUUAGCCCCAUUUGAGGAUGUAAUUGACGAUGAAUCUUUUGGUCUAAAAGUCUGA